UGGGGUUCUCGUUUCAAAUUUUCAUACUUCCAUUACUCUCGAUUAAUCAAAUGACACAUAAUCAAACAGAACACAUUCAUUUAUUGUUGGUUUUAUGAACCCAACCUACUGGAAGUCAAUCAAGUCUAUACAUCCGCUUUUUGUGAUCUAAAGAUCCAUACAUUUGACAAAAAUUAUGCGGUCAACAUAAAGCGUGAGGUAUGUUAUGAUCACAAUGAAUAAACCACCGUUGCUCCAUCGACAAACGUCAACAAAAUCCAGAAAGGUAUCUUCGAUUUCGAGCUGCAGUCAAGACAGUAAGACUAGUUUUGUUUCAUCACAUAACUCUAUUGGUGGCUUUAUUGGCGACAUUUCUUCGGAAAAAUCGAAACAGUCGUGGAUACGUGAUAACUUCUUCUACAGAGAUUGCUUUAAGUUUGUUGCUAAUCCUAAAAAGACAUCAGGCAAUGUUUGUUGUUGUGGGAGAUUUCUAUCACACCAUAAAGUUACUGAUCACAACACUCUCACGUGGACACCAGCAACAUGUACAAAGAAAAUGCCUACGAACGCAUUUGGAGAAAUACAAUUCGUUGGUUCAGCGAACCAAUCUGCUAGAGCUCCAUAUGUUCGUUUGGCUGAAGAUACGAAUGUGAACUUGGUAAUGAAGCUGAUCUUAAAGAUUUGGAAGCUGGAAGUUCCAAACCUUGUCAUUUCCGUAACAGGUGGAGCGAAAUCUUUUCAUUUGAAGCCACGUUUAAAGGAAGUAUUUCAACGCGGUUUAAUUAAAGCAGCAAAGUCUACUGGAGCAUGGAUUAUUACAGGUGGUACAAACACAGGAGUUAUGAAACAUGUCGGUGAAGCUGUGCGUCAGAUGAAGAUUGGUGGUGGUUCAUCCCGUGAUAUCAAUGUUAUUGGUAUUGCAACAUGGGGAAUUGUAGAUAGAGCAGCUGACAUCACAUCUGAGAGUGGUCUUGGUCAACAUCCUGCCAGGUAUCGUAAAACUCCUGAGGAAACAACCAAAGCACCUUUAGAUAGCUCUCAUACACAUUUCCUUCUUGUUGAUAAUGGCACUGUUGGGCAAUACGGUGUCGAGAUUGAUCUUAGGUCAAAAGUUGAGGAGGCAAUAUCUAAACUUCAUACUGAAUCAAGAUCUACUACAGGUUCCAUUGAGGUUCCUGUUGUGAUGUUAGUUCUUGAAGGUGGACCAGGGACAUUAAAAACGAUGACUGAAGCGAUAAAGAAAAAAAUUCCAGCUGUAGUUAUUGAUGGAAGUGGUCGUGCCGCUGAUGUUGUUUCCUUUGCUUACAAACACACCAUCUCUAGCACGAAAAAUGGCAAGAACAUUAAUGUGAUUGAUCAAACAUAUAAAGAAUUAGUCGAAGAGAAAAUUGUCGAUGUUUUUGGAAAGGAAAAUCUGCUUAAUGUUUACAAGAUGAUUGAGGAUGUUGUUGAGGAUGAAAAAAUGGUUACUAUUUAUCGUUUGGAUGAAGGAGGAAAUAUGUCCCGUGAUAUUGAUUUAGCAAUUCUAACGUCUUUGUUGAAAGCGAGUCGUUCUAGCCCUUUAACGCAGCUAAAUCUUGCUUUGGCGUGGAAUCGUGUGGAUGUUGCUGAAAGUGACAUCUUUACAGAGGAUUACAGAUUUCAUUCUGAAGAUCUUUACAAUCCUAUGCUGACUGCCCUACUGGACGAUAAGGCUGAUUUUGUUAGACUAUUUUUGGAGAAUGGUUUGAGUAUGACUGAAUUUUUAAACGUCGAGCGUCUUACUAUGCUCUACAAAUCAGUUUCCAAUAACGGUGUGUUAGGUUCUCUUGUCCGUCGUGAAAUGAAAAGACGCAAUACAAAAUAUGUGACACCUCAGUUGAUUGGAUACGCUAUAGAGGAACUUGUGGGUGACAGUUAUCACAGUUAUUAUCUCAGAUAUCCUCGGUAUUUCUGUGAGCCAAAUUGCAAUUCUUCACAGCUACUCCGACUGCGACCUUCUACUCCAGUAGCAGUUGUUGAUGUCAAUAACAAAGAAAAUCCAUUACCAUUUCCGUUUCUUGAUGUCUUCACAUGGGCCGUGUUAUCUGGUAAAAAAGAUCUUGCGAAACUUCUUUGGGAGAAAGGAGUUCAUCCUAUUGCUGCAGCUCUUUUUGCAUCCAAACUUCUGAAAGAAAUGGUAAAAUACUCACGAAAUGAUCAUCAAAUUAUUGAUUCUCUGGACGGGUUACUUAAACUGGCUGAGGAAUUUGAAGGUUUCGCUGUUUCCAUACUAGACACAUGUUACACAGAAGAUCAAGAUCUUGCUCAGUCACUGAUAGUGCGAGCGUUGAAACCAUUUGGAUCUCUUACCUGUUUGGACAUUGCUCAACUGGCACAGGAUCAAGAUUUCAUAGCUCACUCCAGUUGCCAAGUUUUAUUUAACAGAUUAUGGAUGGGAGGAAUUAUGUUAGAUACACCUUGGUGGAAGGUUCUUCCCUGCGCUUUUUUUCCUUUCUUGAUAUAUCCAUUAAUUUUCUUUGGCGUGGACGAGUAUGAGGGUGCAGAAGAAAAAUUUUAUAGCCAGGAUGAUUUGAACAGAAAUACAAUAAUAAAAAAAGAUAAAGAAGAAGACGACAUUCAGAGAAAUAGAAGUUAUGACGACAAUAUAGAAAUGGACGACAUGCACAAAGUAAAAGCAAAAGUAAAAGAAGUUAGAUCAACUCGACAGUCGAACUUUAACAUUCUUUCAGAAGAGCUUUUAGGUGAAGACGACGUCAUGGACAAUAUUCUUCGUGUAACUAAAGUUAAUUACAUUCAACGAGUUUUGCGGUUUUAUGAUGCUCCGUUCACUAAAUUUGUGACGAACAUAUGCUCCUACAUAGCAUUCUUGGUGAUGUUUUGUUACGUUAUGUUAAUGGACUUCAAGAAACACAAUGUUUCAUCAAUAGAAUAUCUUCUUAUGACUUGGGUUGCUGUGUUAAUAGUUGAAGAAAUAAGACAGAUGCUGUCUCAACAUCCUAAGAAUAUUUAUGAAAAGAUCAAUCUUUAUUUGGCAGAUGCUUGGAAUUUUAUUGAUAUUUUAUCAUUGCUGGCCUUUGCAGUUGCAUCCAUUCUUCGAUUUUUCCCCGACAAUUUUGAUGGUGAUUUAUUUGAAGCUGCUAGAAUUAUUUAUAUUCUCGAUAUAAUAUUGUUUAUCGUCCGCUCUUUUCAAAUGUUUUCUGUGAGCAGACAGUUGGGACCAAAGCUAGUCAUGAUAAAAACUAUGAUAGAGGACCUGGUGCAGUUUAUCAUAAUCUUGGCUGUGUUUAUACUCAGCUAUGGUAUUGCGCUUCAGGCUGCGUUGUAUCCAAAUUCAGUGAAUCUAUGGAAUGUUCUUAAAGGCAUCAUUGAGAAACCUUACUUUCAAAUGUAUGGAGAGCUUUUCUAUGAAGAUUUUACUGAUAAAAGUUUGAAUAUUCAUGCUGAUGUAAGAUGGCUCGGUCCAGCUUUACUCGGAGUUUAUAUGUUGUUGACCAAUGUUCUUCUUUUGAAUCUUUUAAUCGCCAUUUUCAAUUACACAUUUGAAAAAAUCCAAGAAAGCUCAGACAAAGUGUGGAAGUUUCAGCGUUAUAAUUUGAUUCGUGAAUAUCUCGCCAGACCAACCUUAGUUCCUCCAUUCAUGAUUUUAUCGCAUAUUUUCAUAUUCAUUAAAUGGAUCGUACAAAUGUGUGGUUGUGGACCCAAGCCAGUUGUCGGAAGUGCUCUAAAACUGAAUUUAAACAAACAUGAAAACGACCAGUUAUCCAUUUUGGAAAAUCAUAGUAGAGAUCUUGGAUUGUUGAGAAAGAAUGCAGAAAAAGACGAGAAAGUUGAGCAGAGAGUCAGGAAUAUUAACACGAAAAUCGAUGAGCUAAGCAAUCAACUAGAAAGAAUGAUGGAGGCAUCAUUUGAGCCCGGCUGUAAAGGUGAUGAUGGAAACAAAAGUAACAAAAAUCGUAAUUUAAGAUCAGCUCAUCAUUCCAGAAACUUUGAAUCAACGAUUAUGGCGAGAAUAAAUAACGUAGAAGAACGCUUGCUUCAAACAUCAAAUACACUGGAAAAGAUUUUAGAAAUUGUUUCAUUGACUUCUCACCUCAGAGGAAGUUCUUUCUUUACUGCUGGUCGUAAGUCUAUUCAUAUAAAAUCGAGAAAAUCUCCAUAUCCUAUGAGCAUGGUUGGGAGAAUUUCGUUACCUGAUGAGUUAGUUCCUUGGGAGGCGUCAUACCCCGACUAUAAUCCUCCUACAUACACAUCAGAUUCAGUAAAAAGAAAGCCACCUUGGGCUGACGUUGAUAUCAUGUCGAGGCAUCCUCGUCCCGUUUUGAAAUUUAAUAAUUUUGAUGACGAAUGUAACGUGGACCGACGUAGCUACACUGGAUCAUAUAAAGUAGUAGAUGGGCUUCCUUUUAACCCAAUGGGUCGAACAGGACUUACUGGUCGUGGCUUACUGGGACGAUAUGGUCCAAAUCAUGCUGCAGAUCCGAUUGUUACCAGAUGGAAAAUGACAAGCUCUGGUGCGCUGAUGGAAAACGGAAAGAAAGUGCUCGAGUUUGUAGCUAUACAGCGAAGGGAUAAUCAAGAAUGGGCCAUUCCUGGAGGAAUGGUGGAACCAGGUGAACAGAUAUCGUCGACAUUAAAAAAAGAGUUUAUGGAAGAAGCUUUGGCAGGCUUAGACAUGGACGAGACAGAACGAGAAGAAUUAAAACGGCAAGUUGAUGCUUUGUUUCAACUAGGAAUUGAGGUGUUCAAAGGUUAUGUUGAUGAUCCAAGAAAUACUGAUGUUGCCUGGAUUGAGACCAUUGCAAUGAACUAUCAUGAUGAUAGUGGAGAAAUAUUUAAUAAAAUCAAACUACAGGCUGGCGAUGAUGCAACUGCUGUGCGAUGGCAAAGAGUCAGCGGUAAUAUUCCACUAUAUGCCAAUCACGUUGCUAUAUUAGAGAAUGUUGCAAAUCGUCACAAUGCAAACUUUUGAACAUCUCAAAGCAGUUUCUAAGGCUAAAAACCUUUUAAAAGUUCAAUAAAUAGUUUUAGCACUGUCCGUUUGCUUUAGAGAAAAAUUUUAGUGUUAUUUAUUUAUUAUGUAAUAUUUUACGUAAUGUUUAAGGUGUUUUAAGAAGUGACGUGCUCAUGUCUAAAGUUUUUGUCCUGCUAUGUAAAUUUCAGAGCAUUUGAGAGAGAUAUUGUUUUUGCAGUUUGUAAACAAAGGAAAAUUUGCUCAGCAGGAAUGAAUUUUCUGAUUGGCUACGCCACUGGCCUUUGUUGUCUUGUUCACAAUAGCUACGUUUUGAAAUAAAUAAUGUAAAAAAUAAUCGAAACUAAUUUACUGUCAAAAAUAUUCCAUAGUAUAUUUGAUCUUAAUUUGGAACAAUCAUAUUGGCUAAUGCAGGAAAAAUUUGUUCCUAUAAAAAUGUAGAGCACAUUGUGCAUUGCUAAGAGCUUAAAAAGAGUAACUUUGAUCGGCUGUCGCUAAAAUUUGCUUGUAAAAUGAUUUUACACAUCAUUCCAAAAAACCUACCAAAAAUAAAACUGGAAGUGACUUUUCUUAAA